UCUGCCCUCCCCUUCUACCGGUUCGCCCCAAUGCCCAAAACAUCGCCUUCGUGACCGAAUCAGUAAAAUCCGGUCUAUGAGAUCUGCAGCUUCAUUUUGUCCAAACUGACCGUCUGGCAGAACUUCGGUCGAAUCCAAUUCCCUUCUCGUUUUCGUUGCCUUCGGUUCAUUCUCUCCAGCUUGUUAGCUUGUUUCGCUCUUGAAGCUCUGCUUGUUUUUGAAGAAUAUUUGCGGGGGAGGAUUAGGCGAUGAGUUUCUUCCGAGGCAUCACUGCGUUCUCGAGGCUCCGGUCUCGCCUUAUUCAGAGUUCUAAUUCGUUGGGCUCUGUACGAGGGCUUCAGCUGCAGAGUUCUGAUCAGGAUCUGCGUUCUCAACUAGUGGAGCUGAUACCCGAACAGCAAGAACGGUUGAAAAAACUAAAAGCUGAUCAUGCUAAAACUCAACUUGGGAACAUCACGGUUGAUAUGGUGAUCGGUGGAAUGCGAGGAAUGACUGGUUUGCUAUGGGAAACAUCAUUACUAGAUCCAGAAGAGGGUAUUCGCUUUAGGGGGCUUUCUAUUCCUGAAUGUCAACAGCUGUUGCCUGCUGCACGUCCUGGAGGAGAGCCAUUACCCGAAGGUCUCUUUUGGCUUCUUUUGACUGGGAAGGUGCCAAGUAAAGAGCAAGUUGAUGCCCUAUCUAAGGAGUUGCAUAUCCGCUCUACUGUUCCAGAUCAUGUUUACAAAGCCAUUGAUGCCCUCCCACUCUCUGCUCAUCCAAUGACUCAAUUUACAACUGGUGUUAUGGCUCUUCAGGUUCAGAGUCAAUUCCAGAAGGCAUAUGAAAAUGGAAUUUCUAAAGCAAAGUUUUGGGAGCCUACGUACGAAGAUUCUCUGAAUUUAAUUGCUCAGCUUCCUGUUGUGGCAUCUUAUAUAUAUCGGAGGGUAUAUAAAAAUGGGCUAGCCAUAUCUGCUGACAAUUCUCUGGAUUAUGGUGCAAAUUUCUCUCGCAUGCUUGGAUUUGAUGAUCCAAAAAUGCAGGAGUUGAUGAGGCUUUAUGUCACUAUCCACAGUGAUCAUGAAGGGGGAAAUGUGAGUGCUCACACUGCUCACCUGGUUGCAAGUGCACUUUCUGAUCCUUACCUUUCCUUCGGAGCUGCACUCAAUGGGCUCGCUGGACCUCUUCAUGGAUUGGCUAAUCAGGAAGUACUUCUGUGGAUCAAAUCUGUUGUUGAAGAGUGUGGUGAAAACAUAACAACUGAGCAGUUGAAGGAGUACGUUUGGAAAACAUUAAAAAGUGGAAAGGUUGUUCCUGGAUACGGUCAUGGAGUACUGCGCAAAACAGAUCCAAGAUAUACGUGUCAAAGGGAGUUUGCAUUGAAACAUUUACCUGAUGAUCCACUCUUUCAGCUGGUCUCUAAGUUAUAUGAAGUUGUUCCUUCCAUACUCACUGAGCUUGGAAAGGUAAAAAACCCAUGGCCCAAUGUUGAUGCCCACAGUGGCGUCCUGCUUAAUCAUUUCGGCUUAACUGAAGCGAGGUAUUUUACUGUUCUUUUUGGGGUAUCAAGAAGCAUUGGAAUAUGCUCCCAGCUGAUCUGGGACCGAGCUCUUGGUUUACCUCUUGAAAGGCCGAAGAGUGUAACAAUGGCGUGGCUUGAGAAUCACUGUAAGAAGUCUGCAGUCUGAUCUCUUAACUUAUCUGAUCAUUAGCAAUAAGUGAUGCACAAGGCAUUAUAUUGAUGGUUCAUUUAAUUUGGAUUAAUUUAUUUUUCUAAGUCAGGAAUAAGCCAUCAUUUUUUAUCCAGGAGAUGGGGGAUUUUGUUAUCUGUAAUCUGUAGGAAUUUUAUACGUAGUUUCUCUGUGAUAUCUGAUUCUGUGACUUGUAUCUACUCACUUUUGAGGAUGGUUUUGGAAAGGUUUUAAUGGGAUGAUUUUUGGGUUUGAAUGA